CGCGGCAUUUCGUUGCGAGCGUGGCCAAGGCUAACCAACAAUGGCAGUUGGCCCUGUGGGUGUCCUCGGCAGAGUGUUCUUCGUAAGCGAGAUCACCACCGUCAUGAAUGAAGCGGAGCCGAUGCGUGUACGUGUGCUGUGUGUGUGUUUCAGAUAAUCAUCUUCAUCCUCGGAAACGUCAGAUCUCUCAUGGUGGGCUCCUGUGCGCGUCAGAUGCGUCACCGUUCACUGGGUGUUUCUGUGUCUGUUGCAGAAAUGGGAGCUCAGCAUCAACCAGCCUCUCAAGGCAGGGUGGGCGAUGAGGAAGCAUCUAUGCAAAACCGCCGUCUCAACUGGUGUGUCGUUAUGCAGGGUUCCUGCUGAGUACGCUCCUGCGAUUGUGGUUGGGACGGCUGUGCUGGCCUUCCUGGGCUCACUCUGCAUCCUUUUCGGACAGAUGAAGCCGGGGUGAGGCACGACUGCGGAGGGAAUCAUGCAUCUAUCAUGGAAACAUGUCGUGUGUGUGUGCGCCAGUGCCGCGUGCUACACGGUGUUCCUGAUCAUUGUGGGCUUCACAAAGCACUACGGAGACUACUUGGCGGCCGAGGGAGACCCGCAGCAGCAGUGGAUGACAAUCGUCCAGGCACGCCUCACUCACUCAGUCUCACACGUCGAUAAACCAAACACGCACUUGUUGUGUUUCUCUCUGCGCGUGAAUGUGUAUGGCUCGCCAGGUGUGCAAGAAUUUGGCGCUGGUCGGUGCGUGCCUGAUGUUCGUCGACUACGAUAGCCAAAUCAGAAAGCUCCAGGCUAAGGUAAGGCGAGUGACUCACAAAGUGCAAGCUGGAUCAAGGUCUGGCUUACCGUCAGGAGAAGAAGAAGGAGUGAUGGAUAGGUGAUGACGAACCAAUCAAAGUGCCGAGUGAAUGACGAGUGAGUAGAUCGACUCCUUCUCUCCUUUUUCACACGGACGCUUCCUGCUUAGUGCCACGCACGAGAGUCUUUUUCGUCCCGCUGAGUGUCCGUCCGAUUUACUCACUGACUGACUGGCUGACUGUCUGUAUGCAUGUGAGUCUGUAUGUCAGUCUGUAUUUGUGUGAUACAUACAUAUGUGGCGACUCAUAUUCACUGGUCGAUCGAUCAAGCGCUGUGAGAAGCGAAGGCCGACCGAAAGAACACAAGUCACCAACACAGCCGUCAUGACGCGUGCGAGUGUGUGUGUCGUUACGAUUCUGCUGGCCUUGGCUGUCGUUGGCUCGCGAGCCGAUGGCGUGAGCCCAGAGAGAAGAGGAGACGAGAACUUCCCGCCGAAUUCUCUGCGGCCUGCAAGCAACCCACUGACAUGAAAGAGCGAAUCAAUCGAAUCGAUAUGUGGCGCUCAUUGGUUUGCAGGCGCCGAUGGUUGAUCCGG